UGGACUCUCGAGUCAGCCUCCAAAUUGGGCAUCCCAAGGUUGGUGUCCUAUGGCACGUCCGCCUACUUCAUGGCCGUCCGUAGGGCCGUGGUCCGCGAGUACACCAACCAGGAUUGCAUCCCUGACGAGCCAUUGGUUCUCAAGAGCUUCAGCCCUUGGAUGAAGCUCACCAAAGACGACCUAAGCUCUCAAGAUUCCGGCGACUUUGGUCCGGGCUGUUUAUACGAGCUCAUCAACGAGGUAGCCAUGGCUACAUCCAACAGUUGGGGUCUCCUGUUCAACAGCUUCUAUGAGAUGGAGACGACCUUUGUUGACUACUGGAAUCGCGAGUUCAAGCCGAAAGCUUGGUGCGUAGGUCCACUCUCCUUCGCGGGGCAAUCACAGAGAAGUCCAGAACUAAAACCAGAAGACAAACCCAUGUGGAUGCAACGACUCGAUACCAGAGCGAGUUCAGGUGAGGUACGCAAGGUUUUAUAUGUCGCGUUCGGGACGCAAGUAAGCGUUUCUGAAGAACAGAUAAGAGAGAUUGCAGUUGGGUUGGAGGGAUCUGGUGUGGACUUCUUGUGGGUGGUGAGAUCGAGGUCAGAAUCAAACUCAGACUUGGAAUCCUGGUUGGAAGGGAGGGUGAAGGAGAGAGGGUUGAUAGUGAGGGAGUGGGUGGACCAGAUGGAGAUACUCAGGCACGAGAGCGUCGGUGGGUUCCUGAGCCAUUGUGGUUGGUAUUCAGUGUCGGAAAGUAUAUGUGCGUCGGUUCCCAUUCUAGCGUGGCCAAUGAUGGGCGACCAGUUCUUGAAUGCUAAGAUGGUGGUGGAGGAGCUAGGGAUUGGUUUGAGAAUUCCAGGAGCAGGCGCAGGCGAUGGUGGUGUUGUCAGAGCUGAGGUCUUGCAAAGGAUGGUUAAGGAAUUAAUGGUGGAAGAGAAAGGUAAGAAGGUUACUGAGAAGGUUAGAAUGGUGUGAGAAGAGGCUAGAAGGGCCCAUGACUGAGGAUGGGUCAUCCUCAGUCACGUUAGACCUGUUCAUCACUGAGGUUUUGAAAUACUCUGCGGUAGAAACAGAGUAACUGGAGGAGGCUCAUGGAUGUAUUCAAAUGAAACCAGUUAAUCUGAUAAUUAACGAUUACAUACUGAAGGUGAAGAUUUUUCCAUAAAUCCAAAACUUUUUAAAGAGAA